AUGGCUCUGUACAAACUGGGUCUCUGGGCCAGCCUUUUGGCUACAUUCCACACUGCCUCUGCCAAGUUGAACCUCAACAGCCAGACCAACAUUGCCAUCUACUGGGGCCAAAACUCCCAUGGGGCAUCCACCGGUCUCGUCGCACAGCAAAGACUGUCCUACUAUUGCCAGAAUGCCGACUUUGAUGUCUUCCAACUCGCCUUUGUCACCAGAAUCAACGGCGCCAAUGGCCUCCCCGAAGUCAACUUUGCCAAUGCAGGCGACAACUGCACCACCUUUGAAGGCACAAACCUCCUCAGCUGUCCUCAGAUAGAAGAAGAUAUCCCCAUCUGCCAAUCUCUCGGCAAAACCAUCCUCCUCUCCAUCGGCGGCGCAACCUACACCGAAGGCGGCUUCACCAGCGAGUCCGCCGCCAUCGCAGGAGCCAACAAGCUCUGGCAGACCUUCGGCCCUCCUACCAACUCCUCCACCCUCCGCCCCUUCGGCAAAGCCACCAUCGACGGCUUCGACUUGGACUUUGAAUCCACCGUCUCCAACAUGCCCGCCUUCGCCAACCAGCUGCGCUCUUUGUUCACUUCCGACCCCUCCAAGCAAUACUACCUCACCGCCGCCCCGCAAUGCCCCUACCCCGACGCCGCGGACGGCCCCAUGCUCAACGGCGCCGUCUCCUUCGACGCCAUCUGGGUCCAGUUCUACAAUAACUACUGCGGCCUGCAGGCCUACGACGCCAGCUCCACAUCCCAGAAUAACUUCAACUUCGCCACGUGGGAUACCUGGGCCAAGACCGUCUCGCUCAAUAAGAACGUGAAAGUCUUCCUCGGGGUGCCGGGUAGCUCCACCGCCGCGGGAAGCGGGUAUGUUUCUGUGGAUACGCUGGCGAAGAUCAUCGCGUACACAAAGGGCUUCUCUUCCUUUGGUGGCGUCAUGGCCUGGGAUGCUAGCCAGGUCAUGGCCAAUAGUGGGUUUUUGCAAGGGGUGCGAGCGGCGCUAGGUUCGGGGGCGGGGUCCUCGACGACUGUGAGUUCUACUUCUACUACUACCUCUACGACUACGUCCGCUCCUACUACCACUACUACUACUUCGUCCAGCACGACGAGUGUCCCGACGACCUUGACGAGUGUGACCACGACUUCGACAACGACGAGCGGCACGACGAGUAGCACGACGGCUCCGAGCGGUAGCUGUCCCACGGCUGGUGCCCGCUGUUCAGCGGGAGGAACCGCGUGCAACGGGGCGAGCUUCGGGCUGUGUGAUAACGGUGCCUGGGUGAUGCAGCGGUGUCCCGGUGGGCUGGUUUGUAUCCAGGGGGGAGCAGGGGUGUACUGUGGGUAUCCUGCGGAUAAGGCCGCGGGGUCUUGUUAG